UCUUUCUGAACACAUCACGUAAUAUUUUUGGUUGGACUUCGUUGUGAUAUUCGUUUUAAACAAUAGGUACUUUCCCUUUGGGACAAAUAAUGGGCGAAGAUUUCUCCUCGCAAGGAACACGAUACGAAAAGGAAGUGACGUCGUAAAAGGUUGGGCCUGCUGAGAGGGUUGUGAUUGAGUGAUAUUUCAACGUAAGUUGUGUGUUUAUCGUCCUUGAGAAUCGGUGAAAUCCGAUAAGGUUGACUUCAUUUGAGAAAUCUGUAAUCGACGAAUGCGUAACUGCGUUUUUGCAAAGUUUCUCGAUGGUGAUAGCGCACAAGAAAAGUAUUUUGGGGGACGAAUUUAAUGGAGCCGCGAACACCCACUGCAAGUAUCAAUGGCGGUUCUUACCAAUGUGAUGAAUCGAGUUACCAAGAUACUGGAGUAUUUGAUCGUGACGGGAACAUGUUACCAGACUUACUGGAUUCACAAGUAGACAGUACAUUGCAAGGAUUAGACAUGGGUGCCAUAAAGAAGAAUUCCUACAACAGAACUAGGGCAGCAAUGGCGGUAAGAACAAACAGGCAAAAUAUUAAAACCUAGUUACAUUUUAAUUCCUGAAGCUUGGUGACUUGUAGUUGGCGGUUUAGUCUAGGCUUAUUACGAUUAUUUAUUUAUCAGUUUUUUCGUUUCCAUGCGAGAAAACAGCUGUGAAUGAAGCUAAUAAUGUGGUUUACCGUUCUUGUCAAAUAUGUUUUUGAUUUUGCUUCAUGUGAUCUCGCGCUCUAAAAUCCAAAGCGGAAAAGCUGUACAUGGAUUUUGUCGAAGAUUUAUCCCUGAGCAAUUUAACGGAUUGUCAAUCACAGAGAAUCUGUUCGCCCGAAACGCAUAUUUAAGAAUUUCACAUCGACCAGCUAUUUUAUACUUUGACUGAGUAUUUCUCCUAAAAGUUGUUCCCUGUGUUGAAAUGUUUUGUUUUCGUUACAUGCAUGCGACAGAAGCUUGAUUUUGCACGCAUUGGCAUAUUUUGUUUCUAAUCAGCCCAGGUGUCAUCUACAAACGUUUUUAAAAUGGUAAUGUAGAGGGUAUUUGAAAAAUAAUCAAGUGUCUCAUACAAGUUGACUUUCUACUUCUUUCCUGUAAAUGUUGUUUGCUUAGUACCGAAGUGUUAUUAUUAUUUGACAGUUGUUGAGUGGUUUUCACUUUUUAAUGCAAAUGAAAUGUUUGUUUGGGGGGAGUUUUCUCACAUCUUUGAAGUUCGAUCAAAUUAGGCUUCUUACAGACACAUCCAUGCUGUGUUUUGCGUGUCUUGUUGAAUCUUCUCUCUGGUGUAAUGUAGGAAAUCCAUUACUAUAAAAUGUUCUAUUUAAAUGUGGCAAGUGGUUUUUGAUAAGAAGCCCCCUAAGAGAGAUAAAAAUUUAACUUUGAACCAUGAGCUUGGAUGUGACCAUGUUGCAAGGAAUUUCUGACAAGUGUCGUCUUAUAGAUGUAAAAUUUGUUGUCAAUUUUUUGAAGAAGAAAAGCCCAGUUUUCCUUGAUAUGUUGCAACACAUAAUUUUGUAAACUUUGAAAAGGUAUUCUUCAUGGUCACACAGGAGGCAUUUUGAGUGAAAAUAAGACUUUUGUGUAAUGAGCUUAGUACAGCCAGUCUAUUGGUAGUUCUGUCUUUGCAGAUCUCUGGAAAAAUCUCAAGACUUAGUACAAAGAUUAAAAUGAAAGUUGAUUCAACAUUCCCUUCUUUACACUUAUCGCUGUACACGUGCAGUAAAUUUGAGGAUUCUUUAUAGAUGACAUGAACCUCGUGGAGGUGCAUGUAACUUAAAUGGAGGAGUAGAGUGCCAGAACAAAACUAUAACAGUUUUUUAUCCCUGAAAAAUUUUUAGUUGGAACGAUUUUGAGGGCUAAAUAUAGCACAAGAAAAAGUCAGGUUUCACUUCUCUCCUGAGAAAGAGGUCAGUUGCUCUGAAUAAGCACAAGGUGUUUGAAGGUGUUUACAUAUAUGUUUUUCAUCUAUAGGUCAGAUAAUUUGUUGUCAGAUUGAGUCACUAAAAGAUACUCUGACAGAGGUACAAUUUCAAUUAAAAACUGAAAGACAUUGGCUAGGCACUAAUUAAAAGCAGGCAUUGAUGAAAAAUGAAGUUGAAAUUAUACAAAUGGUAUUUGUGCAUAUCACUGCGUACAAUCCAAUAGCUUUAUUGUUUUACUGUCCACGUCACCGAGCCUCAACAUUUGCGAUUAGGGUUUAUGAUAUUUGGAAAGUGUGGAUAAAUAUAACAAAAAAGAUGCCAGAGAAAGACUUUCGAAAUAAACCUGUAACUGGGUUUCAGAACUUGAGUAUGUGAUAGACAAUUCAUUAUUAACAUCUUUCAUGUAAGUUUUACUGGUGCACAUUAUACUGACAUUUUAAAAGAAUUUGCAAGUAGAUGCUUAUUUUGAGGUACAGGUGCAUGUGCAUUGCAUUAAAAUUUAUUUUUCCAUGGAGGCUGUUCUCCUCUGAAAACUACUUCAAAGCUUCUACAAACUACUAAAAAGUUAAAUGAAUGUCAACUGAAGGCUGGGAAAAAUGGCUUGUGCUCCACGAAAAACUGUAAAUGUUAAGGGUGGUAAACAGGGCCGUUACUAAGGUUCCAUGUUGCCAGGUACUGUGUAUAUCUGUUACAGGAGAAAAGUAAAUUCAGGUUAAAAUUUUUUAAUCCAGGUUGAUUCUCAAUUUUCUUUGUCUCCUAGCCCUUGUUCAUGGAAAAUCAGGGCUAGGAGGCAAAGCAAAAUAGAAAAUCAAACUACCAGUAGGUUAAAAAUUUUAACCUGAAUAUAAUUUUGACCUGUAACAUACAUAAUGGUUUUUGUAUUAAUUUUUAUUUUUGCAGGCAAUAAAUCCUACAAUUGCAAAAAAGGUGCUACCCUUGGUGAGAACUUUUUAAUUAUCAUUACAAUGCAUUAUCAUUACUGUUUUUAUUAUAUUAACUGUUUUAAAUAAUUACAUGUAUGUUGUCAAGUAUAAGGAAGUUAUUUUGUAGUAGUUUGUGCAUAAACAUCAUUACACAAAAAGACAUGUUCGUAGCAACACUUGACCAUUUUAUUGCAGUGUUUACUUUUCUCUCAGCUGUACCUUGCCUUAAACAUGUAGAUUCGCAUGCAUAGUGUCUUUUGGAGUCUAUCAAAUCAAUCAAGCUGUGAGAAAAGUAAAACAUAUUAUAUGAAGAUAAGAUUGAUGUUUUAUCAGUCAAGCCUCAAGUUUCAUGGAAACAUGAUUAUUGUGUUAUCUACAUUGGUGGGGGAGGGAAAAUAAAAAUAAAAAUAUUUUAUUGCCUCUUUCUAUGAGUUGCUACCCUCAGCCAGAUACACGAACAGAAGUAAGUCAGAUACUGUCAUUUAAAUUGCAUGGCUUCCCCUGUUCAGGGAAUUAAUGAGUUGGAAGUUGUGUGGGGCUUAUGCCAGUUAGGCUAAUAUGGUAUUGCAGAAACUUUGCUCUGUGAUUGAAAAACAAAAUAAAUAGUUUGGUUGAAGCAGUUAUUCAUGUGUGAGGAUUGGGAGAACUGAUUGGAAAGAUAAUUAAUUUUUCCUUUUAAUUUUUCUGUCUUUGCUUGAAAGAGAAAGUCAAUGUAAAACCCUGCGUGUUUGUAGGGGGACUGAGGAAUGAGGUUUUUUUUCUUAUACCCUUUGUCUUGUCUUUUCACUAUUUUGGACAUCUAUGUGAUUGUACAAAGUAAUAUUAAAGAACAGGCUAUGCAAUAUUGUUAUUUUGUUACAAUAUGUUGUACCAUCACAUGGAAUACUGAUUUUAUCAUAUUAUAAUCAAUUAUUAUUGUUUUCCUUUGGUUUCAUUAUAUUCAUUCAUCACCAUGCCCAAAAUUAUAGGUGAAUAAGGAGAAAAUUGAACCAAAGCAUAUCUGGACGUCAUUUACAUGCAGGCUAGGUUUUACAGGCUACUAUCAACUAGAGCUAAUGUGCACAUCACCAUGCAUGUGCAUGCUGCUAGUUCCAUAGCUCUACUAGCUAUGCUUUUGAUUUUUGGGGUACAUGUAUUUCCCUGUCAGUUUAGAUUUAAUAGUAAAGAAUGGCGAGUUUCCAGCUGUUCACUGUUGAGUUAUAGAUGCACUUGCGAGUUUUGGAAGUACUCAAGAACCUAAGAGUCACUUUUGGGUUUUCUCCUGGAUGAUUCUUAUACCUUCCAGCUGUGUUUAGGUUUCCACUCACUUGUUGGGAUGUUAAGAAAACAAGUGUUGUUAUUUUCUAUGAAUUUGCAAGUGCUUAUAAAACUUUUCAAUGCAUCAGGAACAAGUUGUUUAAUUUCUUAUAGAAAAUACGGGAAACAGUGUAUCCCAUGACUUGGCACUCAUACUGAUGUCAUGCACUGCAUACAUUAUAUUUGUUGUGGUUCAAUUAUUUAUCCUUGGUUUAAAUUUUAUUUUACUUUGUUUGAAAUCCAUUAUAAUACAUUACCAUACCCCAAAGCAAAGGAAUAUGAAAUGAAAACCAAAGAUAAAAUUGAACCACAGCAUAUGACCAGUACUGUACAAGUAUAAUCUCCAUAAAUCUUUUUUCGUUUUUUUUUUCUUAAUUUAGGCAUCAGAUGAUCUGUCAGAAGAAGAAGAAGCAGCUAUAUGCAUUCAGGCUCAUUUCAGAGGAUACUUGGCAAGAAAGCUGUUUGUGCAGCUUCUGUAUGAUAAAUAUAUAAGGGUUGGUAUUAAGGCUUUCAGCUUAGCUGCAAGAUUGUCCUAUGCGGUGUAUUCCAUGUGAUAAUUAUUACUUGAUUUUAAUUGAAGCAAAUUUCUGCUUUUUAUUUUGACAUGUAAAGACUUAUGGAAAUUGUAUUCCUUUAUUUCAGGAGGAGGAAGAGAUGGAAUCAAAGAGGAGACAACAAGUUAUGGAAGGAGAGCUAUUGGUUGAAAAGUAAGACAACCAAAUAAAAGCAUAUUAUACAUAGUAAUUAUCAUUGGCCUCAUUUAUCAUAUCCAUUACAGUGGUGUAAAAUUAUUAAAUCUACUUUGUCUGGGUGACCAUAAGCAUAAAAGCAGUAAUAAAAUAAUUAUUGUAAUUUAGAUAUAUAUGUGUAGAGGCUCCAGAUAUGCAAAUCAUUUUUUAAUUCUUGAAAGUAAAAUUAUCAUGUCAAAAAUUCUGUGGUUACGUAUAUGUAUGUUAAAAGAUAGCACUAUGAAGGUGAACGAUUUGAUGUUCUUCUGCUCCUUUGAUGUUCUUUAAAUACAAAGCAUUGUGUUUACAUCUGUAAGUAAAUAGGUUGAAUUUAGAUUUGUAUCUGCUUUACAAUAUUAUUAUAAGCAUGCAGAGUAAAGCGAGCACAGAAAUUGUUUAACUACAUUUAUUAUUGACACUACAGUUAUAAUAGAUGUGUUUUGGUAGGCAGUUAACUGACCAACUAUGUUGACUCCCUUUCUUAAUAUAAGCUGUAAAAACAUUCUUACACUGUGCUAGUGAAAUUUUCCUUCCAUUGAUCACUCAAUAACUGUAAGCUCUUUGACUAAAUACCACUGAUCACAAGUGCUCAAUGCACUAGCUGGUAGAAUUUAGUGUGUUUGAAGAUGGCCUUUCAUCUUUUUAAUUGACAAACAUUCAUUUUCAAAAUUAUAUCCCCUCAAACAAACGUCAAUGUGUCCUGUAGUCAAGUGAAUCUUUGUCAAGAUGAUUUUAAAGAAGGGUAUUUUUAUUUGAUUCUUUUUUCCUUUGUAGUCAAUGAAAGUAUACACUCACAGAAAGUAUAAAAAGUCCAGGUGUUUAUUAUUAUUGAAGAAUAUUUAAUAUUUUGUUUCAUAAGAGAUCAAUAAUUUAUUAUUCUGUCCUGUCUAUUCAAAAUCUUGAAUUUACUAAAACAUACUAAUAGUCUGUUGCUAGUAGUCCAGAGUUGCUUAAUUCUGCUUGGACAAUUUUUGAGGCAAGCAUUCUGAACUCUGCAGGCAGAAUAUACAUUUUUAAGAAUAAUAUGAACAAAAUAGUGAAAAAUCAGCAAUGCUAAUGAUGUGUAUAAAAGUUACAAGAAAACUGGAAACUAAGAAUAACUUGUAAGAUCCUUUUUAAAAUUCACUGUUUUGACUGCUAUGAAUGAUAUUGUACUAAGUGUGUUGAAUCAAUUUCUCCAGGUUAUGAAUAUCUCAUAAGGGGCCUAGGUGCAUGUUCCUGUCGAUAUGUGAAAAUUUAUAACACCCAAAUGACUAAAACUUUUUAAGGAACUUGCGUCUGAAUUUAGGUGUUAGAGUACAAUUUCCAGCAAAUAAGGGAUUUUUAUCAGCACUGCUGGAAAGCAGAAUUACUCAUUAAUUUAUGAACAGAGUUUAUACAAGCCUUUCGUUUACAAACGUCUUUGUUGGAAAAAUGCAUUGUGUGGCAUUAAAGUCUAUAGUUAUUAACUUUCCGUGGUUUUAAAUUGAUUUAUAAAUCUUUCUAAUAAAUAAUAUAUUUCAUGCAGCAUUUAUUGUAAGAGUGUUUCCAGAACAGCUGUGGAAAAAAGGCUCAUUUCAAACUGUCUGUUUUGAAUAUAUUGUGCAACUUUUCUAUUUAAAAAUUUUGUACAGAUUUAGGAAAUGACAGAUAAGGUUUGAUUAUUAUGCUCAAAUUAUUGCUUUUGAUGUAAAUUUGAUUGGUAACUGUCAAUUUUUUUGUUUAUCUUAUUCACCAUCAGCUAGUUAAAAUUUAAGAACUUUCUGUUCAUGUCAGAUUCUGAAAUAACAUGGGGCACAUUCAAACAUUGGAAAGUACUUGUACUUUUUCACUGUACAAUUUAAUUUAGCUUAAUUCUUUUAAAAGGCCAAUCAACAAAAAGAAUACUCUUUACUCUUUCUUAUCACAACUUUUCAAGAAAUAUGAUAAUUGGCCUUCUACCCAGAUACAGCUUAAUAAAGAGUACUGUGUAGCACAAAGUUCUUAAGAAAAUUUGUGGGAUGUUUUAGUUGUUGUAUGUAUAGUAGUGAAGAUAGAGUAAGACCCCUGCUUGUGUUGUAACUUUAAAGCUGAUGGAUACAGUGUAUAUCAUUAUGUUAAUGAGCUGUUAAGUACACUGCAUGUGUAGCAGCACAUUUCGUGAACGUUUGCAUUGUGCUGUUCAUUAUUUUCAUCUCCUCAGUAGUAUGUGAGUUUUUCGGUGAAGCCUGUUUAGCACUUUCUGUAAUAACUACAGUGCUACAGUGUAUACAUGCAAAACUAUUUCAAUUUUCAAAUGUGAAUGUUAUUUUUUGACAAAGUUAAUCUUUUUUAGUAUUAAAACCUUAAUCCUGGUUGAGUUAUUAGGAGCUUAUGUGUCAGAUGAAGCAAUCAGUAGGGAGCUACAUUAGUAUACGUACAGUCUACUGAUCUUCAUACACAACAUGUAUUCUCAUGUUUAAUUAACAUGGAUCAAAAUUGAUUAAAAUGAAUGCACAGUCACAAGUUUUAUUUGCAUGAUCUUUUUUUCAAGUUAAAACAAAAUUUAUAAAGAAUGAUGUUUCCACUCCAUUAAUUUUUCUCCAAAAAAUACCCUGACCAUCAUUUUUAAAAAACUGAAAAUGUUUUUUCAUUUUCUAUCCUGACAGCUAUCGCUUAAACCUUGAAAUGGAAGAGAAUACUUGUUUACGUAAAAACACUAGAAGAGGGAAAGAAUGUGAUGUUAUAACGUAAGUUUCUCCCUGUGAGUUUGAGGUGGCGUAUAAAAUGUUGGACAGUGUAUUUACAAUUAAAAAAACAUGCAUUUACUCCUUGAACAACUGCUCAUUCCAACCUAUGUUGUAGGUCAAAAUGAAAUUCAGGUCAGCCUAAGUUGAUUCUGAAUUGCCUUUCUUUCUUAGCCUAACCCUGAUUAUUCAUGAUCAUGAAUAAUUAGGAUUAGGAGACAAAGGAAAUUGAGAAUCAACUUUGGUUGAAAUAACCUGCAAAUACAGCUAUCUGUCCUUGGUACUCAUUACUAGGGACUUCUGGCGGGAGAGGCAUCUGGGUUGUAGCCCCAGAAAUUCCAUUCUGGGCGGUGACAUAGACUUGUCCAGAAUUUGGCCAACAAGUGCUGGUUUGCCUGUGCAAAUACCUUAACAUUGGUUCUUUCUCAAAUCAUGGCUGUUUGCAAAUAUCAUAGGGUCAAUAUUGAACAUCUCGCGCCAACUGAGCACUCUAUAUCCAAUUACAGCUGUAUCAUGUUACCUGCUGAUCAUGCUUGAACUAGAAGAACACUUCAAACAUGCUAUUUUGUCAAUAUGUUUAUAUAUAAUGAAAAUAAAUAUAUAAUGUAUUAUUAUUAUUAUUAUUAUUUUGUUCAAUACGCAGUAUAUCUUGAUUGUUUUGCCUCCUCUUAAGGCUAUAUGUUGCACAGGUGUUCCCAUGUUUUAAGUUUUUACUUUGAAUUUAUAACUACAGACUGUGCACUUGAACCUGACCAUUCAUUGAUUAGUAUUUGUAUUAUGUUCAUGAAAAACAGUAAGUUUGUGUGCUGUAAGGGAGCAAGAGAAAAAGUUAGUAUUAGGCCUUUUAUGUGUAAGCCUUUUGUUUUGUGACUGUAUUGAGCUCUAACUGUUAAUAUUAAUAUACAGUGUAGUAAUUUUGCUCUUAAUACCUAUGACAUGCUGUUGAUAUUUGUAGCAUUCAAAGAGCUUGGAGAGAACACAAGCGAAGGUCUGAGGACCACUUAACACCUGAACAUGGCAGAGUUAAUCCAUUUAACAAGCCAGAUUUUGGAACUGUUACGCAGCCUGCUUAUUCUACUCCAGACAAUAACGGUGUUCAUAUUCGGACAAACCCAUUUAUGGGUGGAAAUGAGAAUUCCACUCACCAUGAUGAUGACGCUCUUUCCGAUGUUUUUAAUGACAGUCUAGAGCAAGUUACAGAGGAGAAUUUAAGAAAUACUCAAGAGCAUGGACCACGUAGACAACUUUGUGAUAAUUACCAGGAAACUGAAGAUGAUAUUCUUAAUGGUGACGCACCUGGAUUAGAUUCUAUAAGCUCACCAGCAGAGCUGCCUUCGCCAACGACAGACUGGGAAUCUAUAGAGUCAUGUUUGACAUCAGAGGGAGAUACUCAAGAGUUAUUGGAUCAAACUGAACUUCUGGACUCAUCUAAUGACAGACUAAAGCAAUUAUCACUGAAACCAAAGAAUUUGCAGAUUUGUUUUGUGGAUGACACAAUGCUUAGCGAUGUUGAAGGAGAUGAAGACAGUUGUCUUAUAAAAGAAUAUAUAAUCGACAAACAGGAGGUUUCUGACGAAGAGAAACGUGAUUCAGGCUGCGUGGCUGGUGAUGAUGAAAUGUCAGAAUCUUUCAGCAUUAAAACUGUGCCACCAGAAAUGCUGGAGAAUCAUGAAAUAUCCCAGGAGGAUUCUGAAAAAGUUUUGUUAGAACUGAGUAAACAAGAGAGUGAGGAAGACAAAAGUGAAAGUUGUUCAACUGUGAUGUUGGGUUGGACAGAAGAGCGGCUAAGCGAACUGACAAUUGAUGAACUCAGAGAACUCAAGAAAAACAUGGCUCAGUUAAUUGAAGGUAAAGUUAAAACGACUGUUGAAAUUUCUUGUUUCCUUUUCUUCUCCCUUAACAUUUUUUGUUUGCUUUGUACAGUGUGAAAUCUGUAGUUUUUUGAGUCAGAGAUUUGUCAAAAAGAAACUUAUUUUCUUUCUCUGCCCAGUAUUUUACAUGUAAAAGACUAUAAAUUAUCUUUACUGAGUUUUUAUACAAAUUUCUGUUUUAGCUUACUUAACAGUAUAUCUCAAACCUUUGUGGUUUUCUUUACGUGAAAGUCACAAAACUGUGAACACCAGACAUAUUUAUUGAAUGUUAUUGUGUUGCAAGGUGGGAAGAGCCAAUCAGGUGUGGGAAAACUAAACAGCAAGCAACAUCGGAAAUUAGUUUAUGAUUUUGAGGCUUCCUCACAUGUCAUGACCUUCAUUGCAAUUGGUCAUAACUCAAUGAACACUCCUAGGAUGUUUUAAGAAUUCAUGGUUUUAUUAGUUUGACUCUUGAAUGGCUAUACUAUUACACUCCUAAAAUGUUUUCAGUGUACACGGUUUUAUUAGUUUUACUGUUGAAUGGCUAUACUACAUUGUAUUACCACUUAGCCCAAGCAAGUACUCUUGUUGAUUAUAAUAUGGCUUAAAAAUGGCGGCUUUUCUGCUUGCUUACUAAUGACUUGUUUUUCUUGCGGCUUGGCUACCAAUACUCUGCGAAAUCCAAAGCCUCCUAGCGAGGUUGUCCCUGGGCUCUUACCAGUGGACCUGUUUGGUUUAAUUAACCCAGCAUAUGAUCCCUGCAUGACUUGCAGGCAUCCCAGACCUCCUAAAGUUUCCUGUUUAUCCUAUAAUUUGUAUAGGAUCCUAUAAAGAGCCUAUAUUUCAAGAAAUCCUUUUAUAUUUCCUAUAAAUAGGACAUAUUCUGAUGUCUGCAUUUUGCACUGUGAAGCAAUUUUGUUGUGAAUUAACAAAAUCAAAAUUCUUUAUCUGUGAAAAGAGAUUAUUAUUUUUGAAAUUUUUGUAAUUUAUGUUUUUGUAAUUUUCUAUUUUUUAAUUUUUUUAUUUUUUUUUCUAUAAAGAGCCUAUAUUUUGGCAGAAAUUUUCUAUAUUUUGAACUUGAACAGCGUAAUAAUUUUUUCCUAUCAGAUUUUCGAAAAGUGGCUGGGGUGUGCUCCCAAUAAAUCUCACCAUGUUCUGUAAAAAGACUCAUUUUUUAAUUCUUUGCAGCUCAAAAUGAAGUUCUAGUCACUGAAUUAAUGAACAGAGAUAGUCUUCAUCUGAGGCAAGACUCACUUCUUAUGGAUGUAGAAGAUGCAUCAAAGUAA